AUGGGCAGUUCUUAUGUUCACGGACUGCCCGGACCCGUCGCCAACGAACCCGAAGAGGGUUCGUUGAUGACGGGCCUCGGCUGCCGACAGCAUCUGAAGCUGAUGAGCGUCCAGCUUGGAACCGCCCGCCACCAUGAUGGCCGCGGCGUCCGUGCCGAACUGCGUGACAAGGGCGUAUGGUCGCGCGAGCGCGCAUGUGAGGCAGCCGCGAUGGGCUGCCAACAACAACAACAACAACAACAACAACAACAACAACAACAGCAACAACAACAACAACAACAACAACAAACGCAAUGA